CGUGGUCGAUCACCAUGUGCAUGGUGUGUUGAGCUAGCUGCCUGUCGCGCCGUGGGAGCCGAUCGAGAGCGUGUGAGCCCGGCCUCUUCUGCGCGGCGGCGGAUGGACCGGAUCGGAGGAAUGGUGUGGUGUGAGUUGAGUGAAGUGCCCAAGAUAAAGGGUGAAGCUGCCAGCAUGAUCUAACGACGGCAUUGCUCUGCUGCUGCAGUGAGGCUUGCGAGUGAUGGUUAGAUCAUGCUGUGACAGUUUCACUCUUUCCCUUUGGGCACAUCGAUCUCUUCCCCUCCUCUCUCUCUUUCAAUUCUCUCCCCUUUUGCAAUCAGACUCGUCACUCGCGCACAAAUUCCACCACUCGCCACCCUCCGUAUGGGAGGCAAUCGUCGGGGAUUUCCGGCCCAACCACAGGUUGCACAGCCUCCGUGUCAGGAAUGCCACACCGGCCUUUGGAAGGCCCACGGAGCGGCUUUGACGGGCAGAAAUAGAAAGGAAAAAAAAAAAACACGACACCUCCCCCCUCUGCGCCGCCCUCACCCACCGCCGUCGCCACCUCUCUCACCGCGGAACAAGACGCUGAGGAAGAAGAGCCGGUACGGAGACGGCAAGAAGACGCGGAGCAGUACGUACGUCUCCGAUCUGAUAAUGAGUUCCUGGGAGGCGAAAGCUAGACAGUUUCUGUUAGAGGAGGAAAAAGAGGAUGAUGAACUCUUCUUAGUAAUUGUCCCUGCUGUUCUCUUGGCCAUGCAAGAAGAGAAAAGGUCAGUCCGUACCAGAAGUACGUCAGCACAUGGAAGCGCGAAAAAGCGGAAGAAAAAUCAUGUUGCAAGUGUUCUGGAAGACUAUUUGGAGCACAGGAAGAAGCAAACGGAGAAGACUGUAGAGGCGUUACUUGAGAUGAAGAGUCGUGAAGAGGAGUACUCUAUUGAGAGGUGUCUUGACAUAGUUGAUGCAUUGGAGGAGUUGACGGAUGAGGAGAAGGCCGCUGCAGCAGAGGUGUUCAAGAAUGAAGUGAAUCGGGAGAUGUUUGUGAUUGCGAAGCAAAAAAUUCCAAAUGUGGGGUUGAUUUGGCUUCGGAGGAAGAUAAGUAGGAUUGCAUCUACCUGAGAUGGAUAAGGUGCGACUGAUGGAGUGAUGGCUCAUUGAGUUGCUUGCUGUGUGCGUGCGCAUUUGUUUUCUAUGCCCGACGAUGAGUAGCUUGUUGUGGUGCCUGAUCCAAGAGCUCACACCAGUUUAUUCAGUUCAGUUCAGAGCUUGCAUGCUCCAUAUAAGCAGACCGCUGCAUGCUAUGUGUUGUUAAGCAGACUGCUACAUUCUAUACGGAGUUUGCAUGCUCCAUGUACUGUUGCAUGCCACUUGUUGCUGAUCGAAAAUUUUAGUUUGCGAACUACAUGUUGAGGACAGAUAUUUUGUAAACUGCUACUAGCACUGAUGCAUGCUUGCA